AACGCGUGAAAGUUGGAGGCGUGGGCGUGAUCAGCUGUUUCAGUGCCAGAGGACUCCCACGUGGGCAGGGCCGCGCAGGUACGGGGCGGGGGGUCGUCUCCGCCAAAGGAGCCGCUCCGAGCGGGCCUCCCCCGCUCGUCGCUGCUCGGUCCUCCGCCAGAGCUCCGCAUCGCGGCCCGCUCCACUCUCCGCUGCUUCUUGGAAAGCGCGUCACCGCGCAGCUGAGAGAGGCUGAGCGUUUCAAACGCCUGGCGGUAGACUGCGAAGUUUCCACCCUGACAACACUGUCCUGUAACAGCAGCGCCGGACUGGAGCGGGACGCCAGAACUCACGGGUCGGUGCCAACAACUCCUCUCUAGUCUCGAAGCCCGGAAUCAAACGUCCAAACCUGCUCUGUGGCUGCAACGCGUGCGUAAAACCAACCCACCGCUGCGCCUUAGUCAUUUAAAUGGAAGUCAUGCUGUUUUACAAUAUUUCUGCGUUAAAAAACAAGAACCAGAAUCACGCUUGAUUCGCUGUAUUUUGAGUUCAAAUCCAUUUUUGACCUGCGCGUAAAAGUUGACUUCCUACGGAGCGCAACGCGCAGCACGGUGCAUUGACAGCGUGACUCCGCUGCUGUUAGUCACAGAUGUCCGCUCAGCUGGAAACAGACCUGCAGCUACAGACCGCAGCAAAAGUUCCAGCACUGAAAUCCGAAGUGCCGUUUGACGUGACGAGCCCUGACGGAUGCGCGGAGCAGCGCGGCCGCCCGGAGGACGCGCUGCCGCAUCAAGAGGCCCCGUCUCCACAGCGCCAGCAGCGGCAGCGGCAGCGCAAGAUGACCCGGAGCCCCAAAUGCGCCCGCUGUCGGAACCACGGCGUCGUGUCGUGCUUGAAAGGCCACAAACGCUUCUGCCGCUGGAGGGACUGCCGCUGCGCCUGCUGCCUGCUGGUGGUGGAGCGGCAGCGCGUCAUGGCAGCGCAGGUCGCGCUGAGGCGGCAGCAGGCUGCAGAGGGCAAACGGGGGAUCAGGUGUGUGGCUCCGCUGAGAAGGACAGCGUAUCAGCGUUACAGCAGAGCAGCCGAGCCGAGCAUCCUGGCUAAGAGCAUCCUGCAGGGGCUGAAACCGGCGGCGCCGGUGGAGGAGGACGCCUCCUGCUGGUCCCGACAGGCACAGCGCCAGCAAGCGCAGCUCGCGUGUCCCUCCAUCAGCGCCCGCAUGAGGAAGAGGCGAACCUUCGCCGACAAGGAGCUGGAGAGCGUGAUGCUGAAGCACGAGCUGCGGCAGAGGGCGCUGCAGAGCGAGCUCGCCUUCGCCGCCGCCGGCUUCCUGCCCGUGCCUCAACCUCCGCCGCUGCCCGCGUCCCCCGGCCCGCGCUGCUUCGUGGAGCCCGCUAACGCGGGGACGCGCGGCUACGCGCCGCUGUACGAGUGCGACUUCCAGCUCUACCAGUUGUUCCACCUGACGAGCAGGUCUCACGCGGGAGGCGACUGCGGUAACGUCCUGCUAGUCCAAAGCUGCGAGCAAACUAGAGACAACGAGGCGGCGAGUGACGCGUGGAAAAGCUGCGAGAAGAGAGGCCGAUCUCCAUCACAACACAGGCCCAAACCUGCCGGCAGCCUGGGCCCUGUGGACCCCCCUUCACAACCAGAAGUAAUGAACUCAAAUGGCUCCUCAACUGCCACACGCUCUAUUGUUGGACCGGACCAGCGCAUCCUGGACGGACGCGACGUCCGUGCGCUCUGCGUGACCUUUGACCCCAGGCCCGUAGCAGCUAAGGGCUGGAGCUCGGACGCUGGUGCCCCUGCAGACACUACCAGGAGCCCCCGUAGCAGCUCAGGCCGGACUCCGGCCGCGGGGCCGUUGCCGUUCUCUGUCGAGGCGCUGCUGAGGGCCUGACGGCUGCGAAGCACACUUUAUUAAUGUGCUUUUUAAGAAGCGAUGCUGGUGGUAUCAAAAUAAAAAUGUGUGCAUUGCAAUGGCUGCUGGAAAGUGGCAACAGAUGAAAUAUUUAAGAAUUAUUGGUUUAUUUUUCAUAAAAAUGCCAAAAUGACAUUAGGAGAUAAACAUGUACUUCAAUCUUUUAUUUUUCUAUACGUAUCUACACUGAGCAUAUUUUGUACAAAUAUACUAUGAUUCUGAAUAUAAUCCCUUUGUAUGCUGUUCUUUUAGUGCUGUGAGCCACCGUGCUCUGCCCCGCCACAUCAAUAAUAUUUUAUUCUCCUUCCCAGCAGAAACAAUAUACAGCACACCCAUAAAACAAAGCUGAUGAAAAAGUCAAGAACUGUUUGAUCCUGUGCCCACUUCUAACGUUGAGCUUUGAUUUUAUAAAUCAAAGUCUCGAAGCGGCCGACUGAUCUCUGUGCAGCUUUGGGGCUGCUGCUCGGACGUCUCCUUGAAACUAACAAGAAGGAGCAGAAGCAGGUGGUUUGCAAAAGGAGGAACGAGUAGUUCCCCCCAAAAAUUCAUUAAUAGUGGAAUAAGGAGUGACGCUGACAUCGUCUCAGGGGAGGAAUGUGUUCAUUAUUUACCAGCAUUUCAUGAGCUCCGUUGUUCUCCAAAUGUCAGAUGUUUUGUCCCGGUGCAGUUUGUCGUUAUGAUUGUGUGACCCAAAGCCGUGUCAUCACAGCAGCGAUGCAGAGGCUAAAUGGGGGGGGUGCCGGUGUUGCCUAGGUGACAUUGUUCUUCACUGUACGCCGAGCUUUCACAUCCUAAGUUUGUUUCAACACGCUUUUUGAUCAAUAUCCACCGUCUGUCCUGGUUGUUUGUUGCUGCUGCUGCUCCGCGCCGUAAUCUGGCAGAGAUGCAGGUCAGAUACUUUUGACAGCUCCGGUCCUCGUGGCGUCAACACGGAGGCGAUAGCACGCUGCACCGAGUCUUUGUUUGCCAGUAUCUACCAGCAUAUCGCCACGUCUUUCUUCCCGU